CCCUAGACAUCUUAUCCCCUAUCCAGAGAACAGCCACGAGUGCCACAGCGUUAUCCAUAUACUCUGAGGUUUAUCUGACCAUUGUUGCCUUAUUGUUUCAGGAUGUAGUUAAGCGUGAGGGCUCCACCAUCUCCUUCUUCAUGGACAAGGAGGACAGAUGGCCUGAAGGUGUGGGGGAUCAUCGGGCCGGGCUUUCUCCAGAUCCGUUCCUGAAGAAGCUGCAGAGCUAUAACCAGAUCCUGGUGAAGGAGGAAUCUGCUUCACGAGAAGGAAGGGAUCCAGUGGAUAAAGACGACCCACAGGGAGGAUCUGUCAGUGUUAAAGAGGAACCUGGCCCGUGCCAAGGAGGAAAUGUCUCUGACACUGAAUUCUACGCGUCUGAUGAUCCGAUGGAGCGUUAUCCCUCUACUCAUAUGGAGGACGAUGGAGACCAUGAAGAACCCACAACCACGGGUCGUAUAGAGUACACGUCUGUCCGCAUUAAGGAGGAACCUGAUUCGUAUGAGGGGGAGAGCGUCACUGAUCCUGAUUAUACCUCCACUGAGGAGUACCAGUACACCAGCUUCCAGAUCAAAGAGGAGUCCGUGUCGGAUGAGGAAGGAAACCUCGCAGACACUGAUGAUUUCAAGCCUGUUCGUCGGAGGCGUUACCGCAAAUACGGAACUGAUGAGGAAACCGAUUCAUGUGAAGAAGGAACCGCCUCCGAAACUGAUGGUUUUCCUCCUGCCGAUCUUACACCGCAGUUUCCUUCUACUCACGCGGAUCCUCCAGCAAUGUUCGGGGGGAAUCUCCUGCAGAACGACUUCCUGCUUUUCGACGAGGGAAGCAGCUUCGACACGGACGUCUCCGCCCUCAUCAAACACGCGCAGACAAAAUACAGUUUUGCGCCAAUUGAAGAGGGCUCAGGCUCUGAUGAAGAUGAAGAUGUGGCCCCGACCGAACCAAUCCCCGCCUCCAAAGAGCGUUCACCACCAAAGGCCUCCUCAGGAACAGAUGAGGCAGCCGGAGAGGAAGGUUCCGCCUCACAAGUGAAGAAAGAUUACCAGUGCUCGGAGUGCUCUGAAAUAUUUGUGCGCCGUUCAGAUUUUGCCAACCAUCGGAGAAACCACCGGCGGGAGAGGUUGACGUGUCCGGAAUGCGGGAAGGUCUUCUCCAACAAACCGAGCCUCAUCAAUCACCUGACCGGCCACACGGGAGAGAAGCCGUACUCCUGUGCCGUCUGCGGCAAAUGCUUCACCCGAAACAGCAACCUGAUCGUCCAUCAGGCCAUUCACAUGGAGAGGAGCCCCCUAGGGGCCCGGAACGUGAGCGACUUCCUGUACAUAAAGCCGGUCUUGUGAGAUGCAGGAAGUGACCGGCUCCUACCAAGUGAUGACACUUUGAAGAUUCUUCCAGGGAAGAAGCCAUUUUUUAUUAAAAUGUGCACAAGACGCGAGAUGUUGUCUUUCGGUUGUUUUGGUGGCGUCUUGACUUUUCGUGACUUAUUGGACCUCCGCAUGCUUGUAUGACCUGUGAGACGAUGACCCCUCCGACCUUUUUGGUCUGGACCAUCCCCUCUUUUGUGUUUGUCUUUCUUGGUAACCUAGUUGUUCCUGCCCCAAAGUCUUGAGUAUUAGCGUUAGUCUUUCCGCCCGAGGUUAACUUUGCCAAUUUUUUUUUUAUGUCUGAUGAGACAAUUUGCCGACAGUAAGGCUCCUUAUCUUGCCAAAACCCAGUGGGACCUUUUUUUUUCCCGUAUAUAACCUUGGAUGAUCCUAUAAUGAUGGCGAAGAAUAAUAGUGAUUUUCCUAUUUGCACGGACUGCCGGUUGUGAUGAUGGGAGUUGUGACCUAAGUUCCACAUUUCAGGUUUUUUGCUUUUCUUUUUGCACGAUUUCAGGUUAUUUUUUUCAUAUUGAAAAUAACACUGUCUUUAUUAAAAGACUUGUUUAUUAACACCUUCAUUUACUUGGUUUGGUCGUGUGCCGGUGCUUGUUCUGUAAUAACUUCUGAUAUUAAACAGUUAUAAGCCAACGCUCAGUGCCCCGCUGAGAAUAGACGUGUCCUGUC